GCAGGACGGACUCCAGUAGCAGCGCCGCCACUCGCUCACAGUGAUGGGAAAGAAAAGCCGCACAGGUACUGGCCGACGGACCAUUUUACAGCUCUCACCACCAGGACUGCGCAGCGGCACGGGAGCAAGUCGAGACGACGCUGUAGAAUCUGGAUCAGAAGGGGAGACAGAGACUGAUCCAGUCAAGGACGGGCAAGGAGUCUACAAGGAGGUAAACAUGGAAAUGAAGACCCCAGCAAUGAAGGCAACACAGGGCUUGUCUUUGCUCGGUGCUUAUGAGGACAGUGAAGAAGAGGAUGCAUCUGAACCAAGCAGUUCUGCUGCCAAAGCAAAGCUCAAUCGCUCUGCAGACAUUGACAGUACACUUGCAAGUUUUAUGGCUGAAAUUGAUGCUAUCACUACUCAGCCAGUCCAAACUGAUGAUGCUACAAAGGAGGAGCCCAGUGCUCCAGCACCUACCCCUCCUCGCCCUGAACCCAAGACAGAACUGCAUACUUAUGCACAGAAUGGCUCUACACAGGAAUUUCAGUAUAAUACACAGUAUUCCCUGGCUGGAGCUGGGGUUGAAAUGGGUGAUUGGCAAGAGGUGUGGGAUGAGAACACCGGCUGCUACUACUACUGGAACACCCAGACUAAUGAGGUGGCCUGGGAGGUUCCCCACUAUCUAGCUGAUCAGAUGCAGAAUUUACAGCAGUACUCAGAAAGCUCGUCUGUUAACGGCAGUGAGGUGUUGCAUCAUGCUGCAAGCUUUCCUGAACAGCACUCUGCUCCGGCUGUCACUGCUUUGAAACAGGAACCAAAAAAGAAGGAAGUAAUGGAGAGUGUAGUCGCUUUGACUAGUGAUGAGGAGGAGAGGAGAGGGGUAGCUGCAUCUCUCCUUGCUCCUCUAAUACCAGCUGAAGUAAAAGAAGCAGAAGAGAAAUGGAGGAAAACGAUUAUAGCGAUGGACGAGAAGGUGGACAAUGCUCCAGAAGUUGAGGGAGAUGUGUCUUCAGCCUCUCCUGCUCCGUGUGAUGAAGAAAGCCCUGCCCAGUGUAAUCAGCAAAGUAGGAACCAGUCUAGACAAAACUCUGAUGGUGAAGAGGAGACUGAGGAGGAUACCAAAGAUCUGGAACUUGCAUUAGAGAGGAAAAAGGCUGAACUUCGUGCUUUAGAAGAAGGUGAUGGCAGUGCCGGUGGUUCAAGCCCUUGUUCUGAGGCAAGUCAAGAGGGUGCUCGAGGCCUUUUGAAGAAGGCUAAGUGGAAAACAGCCUUUCUUCGUGCACAAAGUCCUGACUCAAACAGCAGAGGCUCUGACAAAACAGAAUGGGACACUGCAGAACCUGUGGAUAUAGCAAAUUGCAAAACAGCUGAGAAACAAGAGGACAAAGAGGAACAGGAAACAACUGUAUCCCAAACACCAGAGGAGGGUACAGCAGACCUCAAGUUUCAGAUUGGAGAGCUUGCCAACACCUUAACCAGCAAAAUGGAAUUUCUGGGAAUUGACAAAAAGGCCAUCUCCAACUUUCAACUGCUUUUAUUACAAACUGAGACGCGGAUUGCAGAUUGGCGAGAAGGAGCUCUGAAUGGAAAUUAUCUCCGCCGCAGGUUGCAGGAAGCUGCUGAGCACAUAAAACAUUACGAACUUAACGCCACUCCCAAGGGCUGGUCCUGCCACUGGGACAGAGACCACAGGCAAUACUUCUAUGUGAAUGACCAGACCAAUGCCUCCCAGUGGGAUUUUCCAGCAGUGAAGGAAGAAGAUGAAGAUGCCAAGCCACCCCAACCAUCUGAAGUUUGUCAGGAAAAUGCAGGUCACCGACCUCCUGAGGCUUCCAGUGGUCUAGAAGAAACACAGUCUUAUUGGUCAGCUCCUCAACCUCCGCUUCCUCCAGACACACCCCCUCCUCCUGCAGAAGAACCACCACCCCCUCCACCACCCCCUGAAUCUCCUCCACCACCCCCUCCACCACCGCUCAGUGAUGACGGAGAAAUCGAGGAGGUAGAAAUGGAAGAUGAGGAUGCUGAGCCACCUGCUCCUGGGACAGAAGAAUUUAGGGCCAUUGAAGCAGCAGCCGCUCAGGGAGCUGUGGCUAAAGCCCAGAAAAGGAAAGCUCCAUGCUCAGAACAGCUGAACAAAGCCAUCACAAUUGGGAGCAGUCCCAUUCUCUACACCCAGCCUACUGCUACAGCAGCCCCUAUAAUCACUGCAAAUGCUUAUUGGGGAUUGACUGCAGUAGCUACACCUGCUCUGCCAUCAGAGCCUUUGGUUCCACUAAUGCCUGCAGUACCUUCACAACCUCCACUUCCACCACCUCAACCUCCAGUCGAGCCGGUGUCCACAAAGAUGCCUACAGACAAAACUAAGAAGCUAAAGAAGGACAAAAUUAAAAAGAGCAAGACUAAAAUGCCAUCUUUAGUAAAAAAAUGGCAAAGUAUCCAGAGGGAACUAGACGAAGAGGAGAAGUCAAGUUCUAGCGACGAGGAUCGAGACCAGCUAAACAGCAGGCGCAUCGAAGAGUGGAAACAGCAACAGCUUGCCUCAGGAAAGGCCACUAAGAAUGCCAACUUUGAAGUUCUGCCUGAUGAUUGGAGAGAAAGGCUGCUAAAGAAGAGAAAGAUGAUGCAGAGUUCAUAGCACUGAUUUGAAAGGACUCUCUCAGACUGUAUAAUUCUUAUCCUGUUCCUGUAAGACAAAGUUGGACUUGAAUGUUUUUACAUCACUUUUAUUCAAGUGGUGAUUUUUUUUUUUUUUUUGCGGAAAGACAUCAAAAUGUCUUUUUUGGGGGGGGCGGGAAUUUAUGUACAAAGUAUUUUUUUUUUUUUUCUUGUUUGAUCCCUGUCAACAUUGUUCAAGACUUGUACUUUGUAAAGAUUAUGGCAAGUUUUGUAAUGUUUUUAGAACUUACUGUGCCAUGAUCAUGUCUUCGAGCCCAAGAUCAUUUAAUGUUGGUAUUAAUGCUUUUUUUGUUUUUGUUUUUUUAUGAAAUCCCUGAAUUACUGAUACAAUAGCUCAUGAAUCUUGUCCCUAGCUUUAGCCAUAUGAAGUUUCUGUGGUGAUUUGGUUCUUUUGGGACCCGUACAUAAGUACUCUUGGGCUGAAAUUUCUUAAGUCUGUAGAUUAAAUGUGCAGGGUAAAGGCUUUGCAAUAAAACUAACAAUAUUAUAUUCAGUGUGGAGAAAUUUCAGCCAUCUACACCCAUGCCUGUUUCUUCCACAGUGUUCUGUAUAGCAUUGUCCCUUACUGGAUAUGGGGCUGAGGUGCUCACUGAAGUUUUCUAUGUUGUAAAUAAUAAAUAAAUUUAUACCA